AUGGUGCCCAAAGCUAGAUGGCGUUUGUUCGCUGUGGUAGUUUUCAUAGUUUACCAAGCACAACGAGCAACAGCUUCUCAGGAAGUUAUGAAGAAACUUACCACGGGCUUCGGGAAAGCUUUAGAAGAGUGUAAGAAAGAAUUGGGUCUCGGUGAGCACAUAAUGAACGACUUCUACAACUACUGGAGGGAAGACUACGAACUGCUGAACAGAGACACCGGCUGUGCGAUCAUGUGCAUGGCCUCCAAGUUCGACCUGAUCUCCGAUGAUAUGAAUCUGCAUCAUAAAAACGCGCAUGAAUUCGCGAAGACCCAUGGAGCUGAUGAUAACUUGGCCAAGCAGCUGGUUGACAUGCUGCAUGAAUGCGAGAAGGCCCACAGCAAUGUGUCCGACAACUGCUCGAAGACCCUGGAGAUAUCCAAGUGCUUCCGAAGGAAGAUACACGACCUUAAAUGGGCGCCCUCGAUGGAAGAGAUUCUAGAGGAGUUAAUGACUGAGGUUUAAUACGAGAAAAAACAAUUGGUAACUGGAGAUGAUAAUGAGCAUUCUUCAAACACAACUUUAGAAACUAGCCCAAAAAUAGGAAAUCAAGUUUAUUUUCAUUACUCAUUUGCAAGCUUGCAUUUGAAUCUAACAUUUUGAAAAGGCAAAGAGAAAAUGAUAACGUCCAUACAUACGAAUGUUUACGAUAGAAAAUGGAAACGUGGGUAAAUGGGGUUCGUAAACCUGAUCUAUUGUCUAGUAUAUUAUUAAAAAAAAAAGACCAAUAGGGUUAUUUAGAUUGACCAACAUUUUUUCCUCACCUGUGUAAGUAAAUUGUUAAACGGGUAAAAUUGGAACCUACGAUUUUUUUUUGUUAAAUGGUCUGAUCCCUAAAAUUGUCCCCCGUUAAACUUUGAACAGGAUGAGGUCAAAAGAUGACAAGAAAGUAAAACAUAGGAUAUGUUACUAAUAUUAAAGUUGACAAUCCAAAUAUGAACUAGAUUUAUUUUUCAUUAUAAAUAUUCUUUUGAAAUUAAACCUACCCGGUUACGAUAUUAACUUUAGAAUUCCUCCAGUUAUCAGAUCAAUGAUAAUCUAAGACUACAACGACCUGCUUAACGUUUUAUGGAUUUUCUUAAUAUUUUACGCUUCUCCCAACAACUUGUCAGUUAGCUUAUAAGUUAUUUAAUCUUCAUGUAUUCUCUUGUAUAUUAUAAGUGGUGUGGAA